AUGUCGCCUGUUUCCAUGCCUGAUACCUCAGUUUCGUCCUUUACGCCUCUUUUUGAUGCCCUUCGCACAGCACCCACUGCGCCAGAUGCCAAAGCUGCGGGCGAUAGGCUCGCUCGUGAAGUAGCAAAACAAGGACCCCAGUCCUUAGAUGAUUUCCAUGUCAUCAAAACCCUCCAUGAUUUCGCCACCAAUAAGAAAUCGGGAUUCGAACGCGAAUCCGCUGCUAUCGCCUUCCAAUCUCUUGCAACAAUCUUGGGUGCCCCCAUCGCUCCUCUUUUACUUCCGUCUCUUCCUGUUAUCUUUGAUCUUUACAUGGACAAGGGGGAAGUAGUCCGCGCCGCUGCAGCUGCAGCAACCAAAGCAAUCCUAAAACUAUUCCCCCCCGAAGCCACUCGUACUGUUUUUCGACAACUGGAGUCGAUUUUAGAGAACGGAAAAUGGCGUACCAAAGUAGGCGUUUUGGAAUCUUUCAAGACGUUUGUCACCUCGGCUAGAGAUGCCGUAGCAGCGGAGCUGGGAGUUACUCUGCCCAAGGUCGAAUCUGCUAUGCACGAUACUAAAGCAGAGGUCUCAUCCGCUGCUAUCAAAUGUGCCACAUCUCUCUGUGCUACUCUUGCCAACCCAGAUCUUAUACCACAUAUCCCCGUUCUAGUGAAGUGUAUGGCAAAUCCAGACUCUGUACCUGCUUGUAUCAAAGCCUUGUCGAACACCACUUUCGUUGCCGAAGUUACAUCCCCCGCAUUGGCCGUCCUUGUGCCAUUAUUGCUUCGUGCAUUGAACGACAGGAGCAUGGAAGUUCAACGUCGUACAGUCGUGGUGGUGGACAAUCUCGUUAAACUUGUACGAGAUCCGAAUGUCGCUGCUACUUACCUUAGUCCCUUGGUCGACGGCGUUCAAAAGAUUGCUACCGGAGCCGCAUUCCCCGAGGUUCGUGCAUUCGGUGACACAGCUCUCAAGACAUUGUUAAAAUCUGGAGCAUCUUCAUCUGGACCCCCGCCAGUCCACCGGGACAUCCCAGCUGAGGCGGCCGUGAUUUUAGCCACUUUGAAAACAGUAUUACCUCAAGAAUUGGCUGAGGGCAACCCCUCUUUACCGAAUGCUCCCAAGCGCCCAAAAUACGCCGGCCUCGAAGUCUCCUUGGCUUUCCAGGCCGAGCUUGUCACUGAUGUUGUGUUCAAGCGCAACUUUAGCGACAAAAAGGUCUGGAGACGCUCCAUCGCUGUGUAUAUGUCAAUCUGGAUCGAUGAAGCCAGAAGCAAUGACUUUUCCGACGCGGUCCUCGCUCACUUCUUGGCUAUCGACCAGUCAAAGUAUGCCGUUGCUCAAGAACAUGACUCCUCCGAAGGCGAGCUACUAUGCGACACUCUAUUUUCUUUGGCCUAUGGGGCAUUGCUUCUUUUAUCCCAUACAACUCUUCGCCUUAUCCGUGGACGACGGUACGGUAUUUUGGGUACCAAUGGUUCAGGAAAGUCGACCUUGAUGCGUCAACUCCGUGACGGAAAAGUCGAAAACUUCCCACCCCAAGACCAACUUCGCUGCGUUAUGGUUGAACAUUCUUUACAGGGAGAAGAUGGUUCACUGUCUGUUUUAGACUUCAUCGCCGCCGAUAAAGCUUUAGCCCAUGUUUCCAGAGAAAAGAUCAGGGACCAACUGACUGAAGUCGGGUUCGACGACGCUCGCCAAGCUGAUAUUGUUGGCGGUCUUUCGGGAGGAUGGAAAAUGAAGUUAGAGCUCGCUCGAGCUAUGCUUUACAACGCUGAUCUUCUCUUGCUGGACGAACCUACUAAUCAUUUGGAUCGUAAUUCUGUAAACUGGCUCGAAGCAUACCUCAAAAGCAAGACAAAUGUUACCUGCUUGAUCGUCAGUCACGACUCUGGUUUCUUGGAUAAUGUCACGACAGAUAUCAUACAUUACGAAUCUAAAAAGCUUGUAUAUUAUCCUGGAAACCUUUCAUCCUUCGUAGAAAGACAUCCUGAGGCAAAAUCCUACUAUACCCUUGCUGCUACUUCUGUCAAAUUUUCAUUCCCUCCUCCGGGUUCCCUGAUGGGCGUCCGAAGCAAUACGCGCGCUAUUUUAAAAUUAUCGAAUUGCACAUUCACGUAUCCCGGAAGGUCAAAACCCAGUUUAUAUAACGUCAGUUGUGCGUUGACUUUGUCAAGUCGAGUUGGAGUGGUUGGGCCAAACGGCGCUGGAAAAUCCACAAUGAUCAAGCUCCUCACUGGUGAGACCAUCCCCCAAGAGGGAACAGUUUAUAAGCAUCCCGCUCUUCGAGUUGGAUAUGUUUCCCAGCAUGCGACCCAUCACAUUGAACGUCACUUAGAGAAGACCCCAAUUGGAUAUAUUCAAUGGCGAUUCCAAGAUGGUCAUGAUCGUGAACUUUUGGAGAAAGCGACUCGAGUUUUGACUCCUGAAGAACAAGCAAUCAUGGAACAAGAGUGGGUUGGAAAGGAUGGCAGCAAGCGCAAACUCGAGUUGAUUAUGGGUCGUCAAAAACUAAAAAAAUCCUUCCAAUAUGAGGUCAAGUGGCGGGGAUUGGACCACAAAUACAAUACUUGGGUCGGCCGUGAAGAUCUCAUCAAAAAGGGAUUCUUCAAGAUUGUACAACAAUUCGAUGACCUCGAGUCGUCCCGUGAAGGUGCCGGUUCCCGUGAUACUUCAGCUCACCUUGUGCGCAAGCAUCUGGAGGAUAUCGGCCUUGAUGGAGACAUUGCCCAGUACAAUGAAAUUUCGGGCUUGUCUGGAGGACAAAAAAUCAAGUUGGUGAUCGCUGCUUGCCUUUGGAAUAACCCUCAGAUAUGUAUCCUUGACGAACCCAGUAAUUUCUUGGACAGGGAGGCUCUGGGUGGUUUAGCUGUGGCAAUCAAGGAAUGGGCCGGUGCAGUUGUUAUCAUCUCGCAUAAUCACGAAUUCAUCACUUCUUUGUGCCCUGAAAUUUGGAAUGUGGACAACGGGCACGUUACCCACCAAGGAAAGGCCGCGGUUGUCGAUGACAGCUUCUUGGAUAAAACGCCUAAAGGAAGUGGCGCCAACACUCCUGCCAGAUCACGCCUCCAGACUCCCGUCGCAUCUGCUGCUGGUACCCCAGUGGCCAGCGGAGAUGAAGAGGGAGGUCCUAAACCCGUGGUCAAGAAGAAAAAGAAGAUGACGCGUAACCAGCAGAAGGCCCAGGAAGAGAGAAGACGGCUUAGGAAGUUGCGUUGGCUCAGUGAGGGAGGUCCUAAACCUGAGGAUACUGACAGCGACUGA